GAUAUAUAGUAUAGCGAGACGUGUAAUAUGUUGUUGGUUUAGCUUCAGUAUAAGACCGCGCGCAGUGUAAGAAUGUUGUGUACCUACUUUCUAAAAUAUAAUUUCUAGCGCGUUUAAACAUGUUCAUAAUAAUAUCUUUAGCAGUUAUUGGAGCGCUAACAGUCGCCUAUAUUAUAUUAGAUUCCUUCAGGAGUGUCAUUGAAUUAAUAGUAUCGCAUUUGACACCGUAUUUUCUUCCACAAGACGUUCAACCUCUAUGGAAGAAGUAUGGAAAUUGGGCAGUCAUAACUGGCAGUACGGAUGGUAUCGGCAAGCACUACGCGAUAGAACUGGCUCAAAAGAGUAUCAACAUUGUACUAAUCAGCCGAAACACUGAUAAACUGAAACGCGUCGCUGAAGAAAUUGAGAAAUAUGGUGUGAAGACGAAAAUAAUUGUAGCUGACUUUAGCAAAGGAAUUGAAGUAUAUCAGCACAUUGAAGACGAGUUAAAGGACAUACCAAUAGGAAUUCUAGUGAACAACGUAGGAGUCCAGUAUGAAUAUCCUAUGCCCCUAUGCGAGCUCCCAACGGCUAAAGCCUGGGAAAUCAUCAAUGUGAAUGUGGUAGCUGUGACCACCCUCACAAGAAUGCUGCUACCAGCGAUGGUAGCCAGGGGCAAGGGGGCAGUCGUCAAUGUAUCUUCAGGAUCUGAACUCCAGCCGCUGCCUCUUAUGGCUGUGUACGCGGCUAGUAAGGUGUACGUACGUAACUUUACUCAAGCCAUACGCGAAGAAUAUUCUCCAUUGGGCAUUUACGUGCAACACGUUUCACCACUUUUCGUCUCCACCAAGAUGAACAACUUCUCCCAAAGGUUGAUUGAUGGCAACCUUUUGGUUCCCGAUGCUGCGACAUAUGCUCAAAGUGCUGUACAUCUACUUGGUAGAGUGCAAAAUACUACAGGCUACUGGCUGCAUGGUAUACAGUAUUUUUUCAUAAAGUUGGCGCCGGAACGACUACGAAUGAGGAUUGGACAUCACAUGAACAAAGACUUUAGAAACGAGCACUUUAGAAAUACCAAGAUUAAGGCUCAGUGAUCUUAGAACAUACUAGUACAAUUACGCAGACCUUUAUCGAAAUCUAGAAAAUAGACAUAUCUUCAAAGGUCUACGGGACAAUGAGGAUAUGUGAAUAUUUGAUUUUAAAUUUCUUUUCUUUCAUCAAAUCAGAUAAUCAAGUCAUUAUGAAAAAAUUUGAUGUAACUUAGUAUUAUGAAACUUUGUUGUAUGUAAAUAUAGAAAAUAUGUAUCGUAAUCGUCGUAUGAUAUAUAGAGUUUAUUGUAAUUUUAAUAAAAUAA